AUUUUACACGUGUUACACCGAACACGCAUCACUCGUCAGUUAAGGCGUUGCCGUUGUGUGAGCCCGGCGGACACACGAAUUAUUGAUAAAUAAAUGAUUUUGUAACGACAUUGUAAACAGUGGGAAUGUGUAAACAAAGAUAACAGUUUAUCCGGAGAGUGGACUGUUUAUCUCGGCGCUCAGUGCUAGUGUAGUGCGAGUGUGUAGAGGUGGCCGCUGCGCCCGUCUCCAUCUGACGAUCAAACAAUAAAACAUCAAUAAUUUUAAUUUGUAUCGCGCUCGGACCCCAUUAGAGGUGCUGGCUGAAUCUUCGUUUGUUCCUCAUAUAAACCAGUUAAACAAGUUUUACCAGUGGGAGGCUCCUUUGCACAGGAAGCCGCCUAGAUUAUGGAUAUCAUCAGUAAGAUGUCGCCAGGUAGUGACAAUGGGCUGGAGCCGCCCCAGAUUGUGGUGCUCGACGGGGGGUUCUCCACGCAGCUGUCCUGCCACGUCGGCCACGUCAUCGAUGGUGAUCCUCUCUGGAGCGCGAGGUUCCUCCACACACACCCGGAGGAGGUGGUCAACACCCACAUUGACUUCUUAAGAGCUGGGGCACAUUUAAUAAUUACGAAUACAUACCAAGCCUCGGUGGACGGCUUCGUGAAGCACUUAGAUGUUACGCCGGAGCAGGCGUAUCAGCUCAUCAAACGUGCUGUGGAAUUGGCUAAAAAAGCACGCGAGUCCUAUCUGGAAGAAUACAAAGAUUAUAUUCAAAACGAUCACGUCCCAUUAGUUGUCGGGUCCGUGGGACCUUACGGUGCACAUCUUCAUGACGGAUCUGAAUACGAUGGCAGCUACGCAGACACUACCUCAGUCCAGACAAUGCGAGAGUGGCACAGACCCCGGAUACAAGGGCUAGUGGAGGGUGGAGUAGAUCUGUUGGCUCUGGAAACUAUUCCUUGUCAAGAGGAAGCCGAGAUGCUCUGCGACCUGUUGCGUGAGUUUCCUGGAGUUAAAGCUUGGCUCGCUUUCAGCUGCAAGGACAACCAAAGCAUCGCUCACGGCGAAUGUUUCCAGAAAGUGGCCAAGAAGUGUUGGGAGCUGAACCCGGAGCAGCUGGUCGCGGUUGGUGUCAACUGCUGCGCACCCUCCUCCGUCUCAGACCUCCUGAGAGGAAUCAACGACGACCGCCCUCACGACCCCAUGCCUCUGGUCGUGUACCCUAACUCGGGCGAGAAGUACAAUCCUCAAAUUGGGUGGAUAGAUAGGGAUAAAUGUGAACCAGUGGAGGUUUACAUCCAGGAGUGGUUGGAUCUGGGGGUGCGUUACGUCGGGGGAUGCUGCCGCACAUAUGCAACCGACGUCUCCAGGAUCCGCAACCAGGUCCACUGCUGGCGCGACCGGUGGAGGUUCCAACACAAAUACCAAGGCAGUGUGCCAAACCAAAGUUCUCACUCAUAGAUCUCCUUCUAAAUACGUUCACUAAGAGUUACGCUUGAAUUGAUUUCGCAAAUGUUAUUUGUAUAAUAUAAAGAAACUUUAUCAACAAUUAAAGAGUUAUAAUAAAUA